AGCUCCACCUUCCUCAAAAACAUCUCAUCAUCAAAAUCUCAAACAUAUAUUUUCUAAGAAAAACAAAAAACUACAGGUUGAUAAGAGUUAUUAAAAUUAAAAGACAUGAAAUUCACAACUUUAGCAUUCAUUGUCUUUGUUCUAUCGUCGGUGGCUCCAAUAUACGGAGGGAUUGUUAAAGUUUCGUGGGACGAGAGGAAAGAGGCAUGCAUCGUAACAAAAUUGCAACCAUGCCUACCAGCGGUAACAAACGAAAGCCCACCAUCAACAGAAUGUUGCAGAAAAUUGAAAGAACAACAUUCAUGUUUUUGUGAUUACUUGCAAAACCCACAGUUUAGUCCAUAUAUUACAGCUGGUAAAAAAGUCUUAGCGGCUUGUAAAAUACCUUAUCCUAAAUGUUGAAGUUUUGAAUAUUUAUAAAUUAGUCAUUAAUGUAAAAUUUAUCAAAAUCAUAUGUAAUAAUAUUAAUGUUGAUCAUUGGAAUCUAUAAAUAUGUUGUCAUGA